GGUCUGCAGUAUGUAGACAACAAAGGGUUCCAGACUUGGCUGAAGCUGGAUAAAAAGGUAAUUGCUGAUUAAAAGUUAAAGCUUACGUGAUUCCUGAUUUGUUACUGGCUGUAACUUCAUCAACCCUGUACUUGCUGAUUAUUCUUUGAUAUGCGUAAUUUAAGAAUUGUUUUGGGGGACAACUUUGUGACCUCUGUGGGAGCUGUUCGUGUGAAGUGUGACAUGGUGGAGACUCGGUCUUUCUGUAUGAAUGGUGGAAAUCCUCACUGUAGAUCAGCAGCUUGAUACUGUAUCUUGCUGUGUACAAACAUCUGGCCUUCUGUGUCUGGAGGAACAUCUUGACUAAUAGCAGCAUUAGUCUCUGCUUGCAUAAGAUCAGUUGCUGUGUUGAUUUAAUAAAGAAGAAGAAAGGUUGCUUCAAGUCUGGGCAUUUGUAACAUAGAGGCUCAGAUGCAUCUGAUCUGCUUUUGUUUGUGAACUUGCAAACUUGCAGGCUUGCAAUUCUUAGGAGGGAAUGAACUGUCUUUCCUGACGGGGCAGUCAGUGACAUACCUGCUUAGCAUAAGGGGGCUGAUGUGUCACAAGUUUAGAGCACUAGAUGGGUUGCAGCAUGAUAAACCCCACAUUUUUCAGAGGCUGAGAUUUGCUGUACAAGCAGAAUUUUACAUUCUGAGUUUAAAAUAAUAAUGUAUCUCUUCUCUGUUCUCAUAUGAGUGAGCAGCUGGAAUUAAAGAAUGAGAGUAAUUGGCUGUCAAUCACUUGCUUAUUGCAAAAUUGCAGGAGGCCUGUGGGCUGUAGCCUCGGGAUUUAUUUCCCAGAGUGCAAAGGCCAUUGCUCCCUCUUUAUCUCAUGCCACCAACUAGCACGGUUUCUGCUCAAGAAAUCAGAAAGGAGAAUCCCCUCCAGUUCAGGUUCCGUGCCAAGUUCUUCCCAGAGGAUGUGGCUGAAGAGCUGAUACAGGACAUCACGCAGAAGCUCUUCUUCCUUCAGGUGAAGGAAGGGAUCCUCAGUGAUGAGAUCUACUGUCCUCCUGAAACAGCAGUGCUUCUUGGCUCCUAUGCUGUGCAGGCCAAAUUUGGAGAUUACAACAAAGAUGUGCACAAGCCUGGAUACCUCAAUUCAGAGCGUCUUAUCCCCCAGAGGGUGAUGGAUCAGCAUAAACUCUCCAGAGACCAGUGGGAGGAACGGAUCCAGGUUUGGCAUGCUGAGCACAGUGGUAUGCUCAAAGAGAAUGCCAUGCUGGAAUACCUGAAGAUUGCUCAAGACCUUGAGAUGUAUGGAAUCAACUACUUUGAAAUCAAGAAUAAGAAAGGAACUGACCUCUGGCUGGGAGUUGAUGCCUUAGGGCUCAACAUCUAUGAAAAAGAUGAUAAACUGACUCCAAAGAUUGGGUUCCCCUGGAGUGAAAUCAGAAACAUCUCUUUCAAUGACAAAAAGUUUGUAAUAAAGCCCAUCGACAAGAAGGCACCUGACUUUGUGUUUUAUGCCCCUCGUCUGAGAAUUAACAAGAGGAUCCUGCAGCUCUGCAUGGGCAACCACGAACUGUAUAUGCGGCGCAGGAAGCCUGACACCAUUGAGGUGCAGCAGAUGAAGGCCCAGGCCCGGGAAGAGAAGCACCAGAAGCAGCUGGAAAGGCAACAACUGGAAAAUGAAAAGAAGAAGAGGGAGACAAUUGAGAGGGAGAAGGAGCAAAUGUUGAGGGAAAAAGAAGAACUGCUGGUGAGGCUACAAGAGUAUGAAGUGAAGACUAAGAGAGCAGAGAAAGAGCUCUCAGAUCAGAUCCAAAGAGCUCUUCAGCUGGAGGAAGAAAGGAGACGAGCUCAGGAGGAAGCAGAACGUUUGGAAGCUGAUCGUCUGGCUGCUCUGCAAGCCAAGGAAGAGCUGGAGAGACAAAAUAUUGACCAGAUAAAGAGCCAGGAACAGCUGGCUGCAGAGCUUGCAGAGUAUACAGCCAAGAUCGCACUUCUUGAAGAGGCAAGGAAGCGUAAGGAGAGUGAGGUUGAAGAAUGGCAGAUCAGAGCUAGGGAAGCCCAGGAGGAUCUGGUAAAGACGAAGGAGGAGCUACACUUGGUAAUGACUGCUCCACCUCCACCGCCACCCAUCUACGAGCCUGUGAACUACCACGUGCACGAUAACCUGCAUGAUGAGGGGUCUGAGUACUCUGCCUACAGCGCAGAGUUCUCCAGUGAGGGGAUCAGGAAUGACCGCAAUGAGGAGAAACGCAUUACUGAAGCAGAGAAGAACGAGCGUGUACAGAGGCAGCUGAAGGCACUGACAGAUGAGCUGGCGCAGGCCAGAGAUGAAGAUAAGAGGACCCAAAAUGAUAUCAUCCACUCAGAGAACGUGCGACAGGGCCGUGACAAGUACAAGACGCUGCGGCAGAUCCGACAAGGCAACACCAAGCAGAGAAUUGAUGAGUUUGAGGCAAUGUAAUGAGUGCUUACAACAAGAAGGCAAGACUGUGGGAAAAGCAGAUCUUAAUGCUGUGGUUUUGGUUUUGUUUUCACCCUGAGGAGGGGUCACUGUAUGGUAUUUAACAAAUGUUCUCUAAACCCAGAGGUGUUUGUUUGCAUCUCCCUUUUCUUCCAUACCAUGUAUUAAAUUUGGUAUAGUUAAAAAUCGAUCUUACCUCUGAUCCUGGCAACUUGCUCAUGCCUUUGCUUAGUGCCAAAAGGCCUUAUUUCGUAUCUCUCUGUAACCAACACAAAUCCACAUCUAGUCGUAGAGGCAUGUCCUGCGCAGGUGCUGGAUUCACCUUGGUCUAAAACUUAGCAGCUGGGGGUGAAUUUUGUGCCAUAUGUCUUUGUGUUACAGUGUAAUGUCCAACAGGUGAGAGGUCACAAGUCAGGAACUGCGAACAGCCGUGUGUGUGCUGAAGCAGGCACGUGCACUCUGUUUUCUUCUUGGUCUUGAUGCCCACCUGACACACAACCAAAAGAGAACUGACAACACCUCAGAACUGUAUUGCGUUGAAAUAAGGCUUCUCCCAAUUGCCCUGCUCAAUUGGAGAAAUGCUGCAGCGACAGCUCCCAAGUGUGGCAUAGAACGGGGCACCCUCCUCACGUAACAACUAGGCAAAUAUUCUGUUGGAAUAAUACACUACUGUGUUUGUAUUCCAGUUUCAUAACUGAUCGGUUCUAGUGUAGUAUUUAUAUAUAUAUAAAAUAUGCAGUAUGUGGAUUGCAGUAAGUAGUAGUUUAAAAGGGAAAUAGUUUUGCUCUGUAUAUUUUGUUACUUUUCAGAUUUAAUGACUCGCAUCUGUAAAGACGCCUGACCACUGUAGUCUGCAGUACAACUGAUUAUUUACUAUUAAGCAUUAUUUGUAAAGAUCAUUUUUUUUACUUAAUGAAAAAUUGAUAUGUACACAUGAUCCAAUAUAUACAAUUUUACUGCACCUAUUUUUCUAACAAAUUUUCUAAUUUUUUAAAUGUUUGAUUUAAAGUUUCAGACUCCAAACAUGAAGGGACUGCUUGUUUAUACCACAGGUGUAUCUCUCUAUUAGAGAGCAUUUCUGUGACCAUUCCUUCCCCACUAAUCUCCCCCUUUUUUCUUGAAAAUCUGUUAGAAAGUGAGAUACAGCAUGGUGUCAGCUCUGCUCUUCCAUUUACAACAUCUGUGCUGCUUUAUACUCGAGUUGAAUCUUCUUGUGUGGUGUUGUGUUUUUUUUUUUAUUUGCAGCAGCAAACAUCUAAAUAAAAGAUCUGCAAAGUAACAAAGGA